AGCAAGACGGCAAGCCGAGACUCAGUCUGGGUCAUCGCAUUGCAAGACCCGCAAAGGUUGAUUGGAAUAUUUCUUCCUAGCUUCAGUAUACAAAUACAAACCCAACAUCUCUCUUCUCCCUUAAUUUUCAAGCCUUCAAAAUCAUUUUUCCAAUCUUGAUAUCCAUCAGGCAUCGCCAUGUACGCCACAAACAACUCAAAGUCGCCACCUGUUUUCGCGCAACAGGCUCCAGCAACCGGUGUUCCGAUCGGUACCUCAGCAAACCAGCCAUAUUAUCCUGCUCAAAGUUACGCGCAGCCUGCUCCCCAUCAUAUUCCCCAGCCUGCAGGGAAGGUCUCUUGGUCGACAGGACUCUGUGACUGCUGCUCUGAUGUUUCAAAUUGUUGCAUCACAUGUUGGUGUCCUUGCAUCACUUUUGGGCAGAUUGCUGAGAUCGUCGAUCAAGGAUCAACUUCUUGCGCAGCAAGUGGAGCCCUCUACGGAUUACUUUAUUGGUUCCCGGGGUGUGCCUGCAUUUACUCAUGCUCCUAUCGCUCCAGAAUGAGGAGCCAAUACAUGCUGGAGGAGAGUUCCUGCGGGGACUGCUGCACUCAUUUUUGCUGCGAGACCUGCGCCUUGUGUCAAGAGUACCGGGAACUCAAAAACCAUGGAUUUGACAUGGCCCUUGGAUGGCAAGGGAACAUGGCGAGGCAGCAAAACCAGGGGAUGCCAACGGCUCCAGUGGUGGAAAGUGGCAUGCAAAGACAUUGAAGAGUGAUGAUCUCUUUCUUAAAUAUGAUCUACUUAUACUUGUUGUCAUCCAAAGGGAUUGUGAUGAUUAACAAUAUAAUUUCACCUCUUGUUAUAUUUUCUUAAAUAAUUGUUGAAUUGUGAUAACAAUAUAAAUCCAAGUUGGUGCUUGCUGGUUAUAAUUAUGAACUUCAUUUUC